AGCCCAUCACUUGGGAUCGUGCGUGUGCAUCUGUCAGCGAGUCCCCGCACCUCCUGCUCCUGCCCCAUGGAAACCCUGGUGCCUGGCCGGCUGCCCCGCAGCACCCUCUGGAUGGUCACCCUGCUGCUCUGCCUGGGGACAGGGACGCUCGGGGACCUCAAUCUAAAAGCCCUCGACACCAUCAUGAAGCACAUCACAGCGUAUGGGGUGAAUAAUCAAUACUCCUUCGCUGUCAGCCUGCCCUUACGUGUUUGCAGAAAUGCAUCUGGCCUGGGAAAGGCGCUGCCCGACAAAGAGCUGCAGGACAUGAAGAACAUCAUGGGAAAACGGGAAGCCCUGUAUGUCCAAGACAAAGGGCACAUUGUAGCGUCCCGGCCGAAGUUUGGUAAAAAGGGGACUGAGACGCAGCACUCUGAGUGGCGCCUGCUCAAUGGCGACCAGAACAACCCCAGACCUGUGCAGAAGCUCCUGGCCGAGACCUACAGGAAUCACAGCUGCCUGAUCUUCUUCACCCUCAACUCGCCCUGCCUGGGGAUCUGCCUGAACGAGAGCAGUCCCUACUACAUCCUGCCGAUGGUGCGCACCACCUUCUCCCUCGCCAAGAAAGGCUACAGGGCCUUCGUCUUCCAGCAGAUCUUCCAUUCUGACGAGGGGAAGGGCCAGCAGCUGCUGAACAAAUGGAAAACGCUGCAAAGGAUCGCGCCCUUGAUACGCUGCGACAAUAACGGCUGCCAGAAAUACAAUGGGGACGGCACGUCCAACCAGCACAACCUCUGCCUGGAAGGGAGGCCAGUUGUGAGGCGGCGGCUGCACCCACCACGCAGGGGGGCAGUAGGGCAAGCAGGGGGCACCCUCAGGGCAUAG